AUGUUUUCCCAUGUAUGCAUUGUUAGAGGGAGCAUCACGUACAGUUUCGUCACUGGCAACGGUGAGAAGCUCAAGUUCGAGAUCAACAACCGGACCGGCUUGAUCAAGACGACGCAGUUGCUCGACAGGGACGAGCCGAUUCGCGAAAAGGAGGUUUACCUGACGGUACUCGCCACGGACAAUGGCAGGCCCCAGCUGGACGACGUUUGCACGUUUAAAGUCGCCAUCGAGGACAUAAACGACAACAUGCCGGUUUUCGACAAAACUUAUUACAAGGAGUCGGUGCCUCAGGACUUGUUGAUCGGUCGCGAGGUCAUGCGAGUUUCGGCCACGGACAUCGACGACGGCAACAACUCGGUCGUUCGUUACAGCUUGUCGUCCAAGCGCCCCGAAGACGCGGCUUACUUUAGGAUUGACCGGAACACCGGUGUCAUCUACCUCAAUCAAACCAUCGACAGGAAGAAUCCAGGCUUUGAAUUUCACAUGAUGGCCAUAGCAACCGACCAGGGUGCCGAGCCGCGCUCGAACGUGAUUGACCUCGUCAUAAGCGUCGUCGAGUCGCACAAAAAAGCCCCGACAUUCGUCGUCUUCCCGACAUCGCCGAUUCAGCUCAAGGAGAACUUUAGCGAUUACGAGGCGAGCAUUGCCAGUCUCGAGGCCGCGUCCAACAUCGACGAGAGUCCAGACUACUUUUUGUUCGAGCUCGUCACCGGAGGUACCCAACAGACCAACAAGGACAACACUUUCCGAUUGGAGUCUAACAAGAACAAAGCCAGCAUCAAGUUAGGCCAGGCUCUCGAUUACGAGAGCAACACCGAUUACACGCUCAUCGUGCGCGUCCAGAAUAAGUACCAACUGGCUGCCGAGACGAUGAUUUACAUCGAGGUGUUGGACGUCAACGACAACAUUCCCGUAUUUCGAGAAAUAAAAAAGGGCAGCGUGUUGGAAAACGAAGAACCGGGCACUCCGGUCAUGCAGGUGCGAGCCAUCGACGCGGACGGUACAUCGGCUCACAAUCGGGUUACCUACGCACUCGGCAACUACGAAGAGUUUUUCAUGAUCGACAAGUACACGGGCAACAUAACGACGCGCACGACGUUCGACCGUGAGCAAGAGUACUCGUACACCGUCAAAGUCAUAGCGACGGACAACUCGCCGAGUUCGCUGUUCAAGACGGGCGAGCCCAACAAGGGCGAGCAGAACUUCCGGAUCGAGAUUGCCGAUAAAAACGACAACCCGCCACGGUUUACCCAACGCGAGUACAAGGCCACGUCGAUCGAGAACGAGAACGUCAAUUCCCUCGUCACCGAGGUCAAAGCGGUCGAUGCGGAUACCGCGAGCCCCGUCACCUACAGCAUCAUCCAGGGUAACGUCGACGAUAGCUUCAACAUCGAGAACACCACCGGGAAGAUUCGCGUCAACAACAUUCUCGACUACGAAAAGAUCACUCAGUAUAAUUUGACUGUCAGAGCUUACGACGGCAUAUACGAGGAUACGGCCACCGUCAAGAUUUACAUACAAAAUGUCAACGACAACUGGCCCGUUUUCGAACCUUUCAACAAGAACCCUGUCAUCCAGGAGGAAAAAUAUUACAACGGCUGCAUAACGACCGUCAGUGCUUACGAUCCCGAUAUUAAAGACCGAAAAGCAGAUCAGCACAUAGUCUACUCUAUUUUGAGGUCCGAGCACAAGCCUCUCAUAGGUAUCAACAAGGAUGGCUGUAUGGUGCUGAAGAAACCCUUGGACCGAGAUGCUCCGAACGGUUAUCCCGUGUGGACGAUAACCGUGAUCGCGCAAGACGAAGAUGGUGGACCAAACUGUCUGAAAAAUACAGAGUCGGUGAAUAUUACCUUGACCGACAUAAACGACAACGCGCCCUUCCUCGACAUGCCCCACCCGGUCAUUUGGGACGAGAACCAGGAGCCCGGAAAAGUAACCGAGCUCAAGGCGCAGGACUACGACUCCGAGGAGAACGGAGCGCCCUUCACUUACGCAAUCGACGUUUCGGCCGACACGACGAUAUUCACCAAAUUCGAGAUCCGAGGCAAGGAUCUCUUCGCGAAGGUGCGCUUCGACCGCGAAGAGCAGAAGAGCUACAACAUACCGGUAUCCAUUACGGACAACGGCUCGCCGCCUCAAACAGGUGUCUCAGUGUUGACGGUGAUCAUCGGCGACAAAAACGACAACGAGAUGACGGAUGGCUCGAGCUCCAUCUUCGUAUACAACUACAACGGUGAGUCACCCGACGUCGAAAUUGGAAGCGUCUACGUCGAGGAUGCCGACGAUUGGGACCGAGGCGACAAGACUUUCUCCUGGUACCAGGAUCAGCCGGAGUAUGGCUUCAAGCUGGACGAGAACUCGGGCAUGAUAACGCUCCUCUCCGGCACGAAAAAUGGCACCUUCGUGCUCAAGUUCACCGUUACCGAAGAAAGUAUCAAUACCCUGCGACACACCGCCCACGCUAUAGUCAACGUGACGGUCAAAGAAAUUCCGGAGGAGGCCGUGCAAAAGUCGGGCUCCAUUCGCUUCUUCGGCAUUAACGCUGAGGAGUUCGUGAUAACGGAAAGCAAGGAAUCCAGUAAAAAGGACAUAUUCCAAGAAAGAGUUGCCAAGAUGUUCAAUGUUUCCGUGGAGAACGUAGACGUGUUUACGGUCCUCCAUUCGCCUUAUCAAAACAAGUCGGUGCUGGAUGUGCGCUUUUCGGCUCACGGUAGUCCUUACUACGCCUCGGAAAAACUCAACACUAUCGUCGCCUCACACGUCACCGAGAUAGAAAGCGAGAUGGGCGCCAAUGUACUCCUUGUCAAUAUCGACGAGUGUCUUGUAGAGAAGGUACACUGCAACACCUCGUGCAGGAGCUUCCUCAACAUCAGUUCAAUGCCAGAAGUCGUCUAUACGAACAAGACCUCGUUUGUUGGCGUCAGCGCUGUAGUGAUGCCUCAGUGCACUUGUCACGUAGCCGAGCCGAUCGCGUGUCUCAACGGAGGAGUAGUCGAAGACGCAGUGUGCAAGUGCCCGACGGGGUUAGAAGGCCCGCGCUGUGAACAACUGGCCAUUGGCUUCUACGGCGACGGAUAUGCCAUAAUGCCAUCGACAGGCCAGACAUGUGACGAAUCUUACUUGGGUUUGGAAAUAACUUCUCACGCCAAGGACGGGCUCAUAUUUUAUCUUGGUCCAAUGUAUUAUCCAAGUACCCCAGCCGUGCGAUAUCAAGAUUUUAUGUCGCUUGAACUACAAAACGGAAAUCCUGUCUUGUACAUGGAUUAUGGUCAAGGUACUGUUAUGCUGGAUAAGUCGGAAUCAAGCAAAGACGGCGAAAACAAGGAAGAAAAGCUAUCCCUGGCCGAUGGAAAGCCUCACAGAAUAGAUAUUUUCUGGUCAAAGACUGCCAUAGAAAUGCAAGUUGACAAUUGCAAAUUAUCAAGUUGCUUGAGAUUAAAAGCGCCCAUGGGUUCGAGUGAAUUCCUUAAUGUUAAUGGCCAACUGCAAAUAGGGGGUGCAGUCACCAAUUUAAUAAAAUUAGGAGAUAGUUUUAAUUGGCAACACGUACCAACUGAAAAGCGAUUCACGGGUUGCAUUAGGAACCUUACAAUCAAUGGAAACACUUACGAUUUCGCAAUGCCGUCUUUAUCGUUGAACGUGGAUCAAGGUUGUAGCAAUGGUAUAGCUAAAGCUGUGACUUUUAGCAUGGACACGAGCUUCCUGUUGGUCAUUGCUUUGUGCAUUGUCAUUUUGUUGAUUCUCUUGCUGGCCGUUGUAGUAUACUCGCGUCAAACGGACGAUCUUUACAAAGACAUGGAUGAUAUUAGAGAGAACAUUAUUAAUUACGAGGAUGAGGGUGGUGGCGAGGUCGAUACUGGCUACGAUCUCACUGUCCUACGAGGCAUGUACGACCAGCCUAACGACAUGAAAAUCACCGCUGCCAGUCUUCAAGGCAAAGAGGCAGACGAGGUGCCCGAUAUUUGUGGAUUCCUCGACGGCAAAAAGGAGAGUUGCGACAAGGAUCCUGAUACCAAUCCCUUUGACGAUGUGCGCCAUUAUGCUUACGAAGGCGAGGGAAACUCGGACGGCUCGCUUUCCUCUUUGGCAUCUUGCACGGACGACGGUGAUCUAAAAUUCAACUAUUUGUCAAACUUUGGGCCUCGCUUCCGCAAGCUCGCCGACAUGUACGGAGAAGAGCCGAGCGAGGACGAGAGCGAAGGUGCCGGCGACCGCGAGAGCGAGAGCUGGUGUUGAGGUGAAAAUGUGCGCGCGUAUACGUUUUCCCGUGUUCACAAACAAUACGAUGAUGAAAACGACUUAUUUUCAAUCAUCGAAAUGAAACAGUGAAAAGGACGCUAGCGCGAACAUUACGACAUUUACGUACUUAAGAGAAAGGAUAAGGAUCGCAAAAAGUAUCAAAAGCAAUGUUUAUGCAGUGCGAGACGCAUAUUACUGGAGAUGUAAACGCCAAAGAAAUCAUACUUGGGCGACUGUAGUAAUUUCCAAAAAUGCCUGCGACUAUCGAGUAUCCUCUUUCUUUCUCUAGACAACGCUUAUUCCUCAUUUCUUCCAAACACCCUGUCUGGUUUGACUACCAACUCGUGUACUUUCUGACGUAAUAUAGCAUUAAUUCAAGUUUUCCGGUUGUUUCUCGUUAUUAUUUCAAGUAGAAAAUUUUCUUUGAUGGCUUGAUUGUAUGGUGUAAACAAAGUUUUCACCAACAAUGAAUAUUGUAUUUGUCGCAGUACUUAUCUGCCGAAUUUUUUUUUCUUUAUCAAGAAAUUAUAUAGGAGAAAAAUAUGUAACUACAUAAUGCUGGUGAAAUUAAUAUUUUUAUAGUGAUAACUAUUUUUCGACUUGAGACCUUGUGCAACUUGUUGCCUUUGACUUUUUUUUUAACACAUAAAAUAUAUUUUAAUGAAUAAUAAAUGAUUAAAACAGAUGCCUACGUUACUCGAGUUUGAGCGAAUAACUUUAUAGGAAUUAAGUAAUUAAGUUAAGUAAAAUUAUUUUGUUAAAAUGCAAAAUUUUCGAUCCAGCUGCCCGUGACAUGGUAUCUAUUACAGGGUAAAUGUGUAAAAAUACAAGGUAAGCGUUAUUCAAUCGAUGAAUUGUGGUUGGCUUAAGUAUGACCUAUCUAAGUUUAGUAAAUGUGCAUUUAAGCGAGUUCGAGAGUACAGACAUUUAAUUUUUGUUUUUGUAAAAACGAUAAAAGACGUGCUUUGGAUCAGUGGUUUUUAUUGGUGAAUAGAAAUCGGGCCUAAGAAAUUAAAACCAAACCAUGGUGCUGUUAUCCAAUGGUAUCCUUAAAUGGAAAGUAUAGCUUUUUGUUCUAUAAACCAUUAAAAGUUAGAUCACAAAAACUUUAUUUGUUAGUUUUGAUUAUUUGAGUAAAUUGAUGCAAUUUCAAGAUUAAAAAUCCAUUGCCCUAGCGCGUCUUUAUAGUUUUUCAUUUAAUUUGAUGUAUAAA